AUGGCGGAACGGAGCCAGCGAGACUUUAACAGGAGUGCAUUGACAGUACGAGGUCGACGGGUAAAUAACGUAUAUUAUUAUCAACACACAAUUUUAAUGGACUUUAAAUUGUUCUGUACGCAAACUGUUGCACGUGGUUUUAAUAAUUUAGGCUUGGUAUACGGGACAACGAGCAGAAAAGAUACCCGAGGGGUUAGUGGGUGUCGUUGGUAAUGAUUGCAUGGGUUUAGAUCUGUCUUAUAAUGAACUAACCUCUAUCAGCGUUGUUAAACACUUCCGAAGUCUCCAGGAAUUGAUACUCGACAACAAUAAACUGCGGGACCUCAAAACGUUACCUUGUAUACCGACUUUGACUACACUCAGUUUGAACAAUAACAAGGUUUGUUUUUUUGCUGUUCCACUAUUUCAAUGUAUUAAACUUCUGUCACUGCAUUGGGUGAUCAUGAAUUAUUUGACGUUAUUUGAUCAUUAUGAAGAUCUACAGAUAUAGAUAUACCGAAUAGUAACAUUAUUAAUUAAUCCAACAUUAAUCUUUUCUAAUCUUCUGCGAUAUCGUAUUACUCGCGGAUGAUUUUUAAUUAACGAACAGUUCAAAAACAUACACGAUAUAACGCUGAAAUUAUUGCAAAGAAAUAACGAAGAUUAAAAAUGAACUAAUGUUGCGUAUAUUGCUCGAUUUUCGCACAAGUAUUACAAUUACUCGAAAGAGAUGAAAUAAAAUGUUUGCCUUCGUCGUUGAGUUAACUGUACUCGCCGCGAUUGGGAAACUUUUCAAGGAACAGCUUAUGAGUUAUUCAUCUCGAUUAAAAUUCCAAACGUGCAUCGAUGAUACACUUUUCGUGUCUUAUAUCAUCGAGAAUGUGAAUCGGUUCGACGACAUUUAUAUCGUUCACCUUUCAUUUAUCGUCGAUAAAUAAAACGACGGUGAUGUAAUCAGGGCGCAAAUUUGCAUAUUUUCAUCAGUAACGGUAUUAUUUAGUUAUAGUAUUAAAUUUUUUGUUUAUUUAAACAAAUAUAAUUAUAAGUAAUAAUUCAAUCGAUUAAUUGAAAAAUUUUACUAUGUAUUUCAUAUUAUACGAUUGUUUAUUAUUUUAAAUAAUAGAUACUUCGUGAAAUAUAUAAUUAUAAUUCACAAGAAGUCUGAAUAUGAAACACGAUGUACUCUGAAUUAUGAAAUGUACUGACGAAGUUUAUAAUGAGAAACAAAAAAUUGUUUAGAUAACAGAUGUAGAUAACGCGU